GCAUUGUCGCGCUAUAGGCGCGGACGGACAGUCCGCUGGUCUCAUCCCUGUUUUAGUCUACUCAGCAGCAAAAUGAGUGGCGGCCAACAAGCCGAAAGUGCACGUCCAUCCCCUAUCAAAGGCAAGGUAAAAGACGAGAGCGUCUGGCGUGCCGACUGGUGGGACGUUUAUCCUUUGACCGAACAGGCCAAGAGGCCAAUUGCCUGGGCACAUGGUUGCGCAGUUUUCUUUGCUCACCCAUCUUUACCGCUUGUCAUUUGCCGAAUCCUUUCUACCGGCCGCCAGUUUCUAAUAGCAACAUCGUUAGCUUCUGGGUACCAACCUCCGACAGUGAUAACUACAUCCCCUGAUGGGUCGUGGCUCUUCGCCUACUUUCCUAGCAAUGACGACGAUGGCAUCGGCUGUAUUUGGAAACGAGGCGCAACAAUUGAAGCUUGGAACUUGCGAGAGCACUGGCCCUUCCCCCGAGGCGCCGGUGCUGUCGGGACAGCUUGGCUGGGGGUUGCAGGUCGUCCUUGGAAGCUGAACUCCAAUGGAACUCUGGAUCGCUUUCCUCCUAGUGGACCUAUAACGCCGGCCUUGAAUCCCUCUCUCCUUGUCGUGACCGAAGCGAUGCAAGUCAAUGUAUACUACCUUCGACCGUUUUCAGCAGGAUUCAAGGUUAUGUCCUGUACGCUUACCCAACCAAACAUGACCCACGAAGGUCAUGCGUCUGAAGCCCGAAGCCUUCCUCUUAUCUCAGGACACUCCAGAAUGUGUGUUCGGGCCGCUAUUGGGUCCUUUCCAAAUGAAAGCACUGUCAUUGUUGCAACGAGAUGCCGGACCUAUCCUAGCGAUUCAACCAAAGCCACUGCUAAUUCUUCUCUGGACUUCACUGCUCCAACUGAUGCCAACGAGCAUCACCUCUUUGCUGUAAGCUCAGGAGGUCGAACUGACUGGGAGUUCUGGUCUGAGGAAUCGAUGAUUGACUUUUGUGAGGUGAACCUCAAAUAUGAUGGUGCUGUGUUACACCUCUUCACCCUCCCCAUGGGCUCUAUCCACCAUCCAUCUUCCCACCUUAUCAGCCUCGACUUCGUUGAUACACAGCUGGAAGCGAGACUUGCAGCGCCCAUUACAGGGUCAUCUCCUCAUAAGGAUGGAUCUAAACCUGCUGGGAAAUCAUUUUCCGCCUAUGUGGCCGCAGCCUUUCUGGAUUUUACGGAAUAUAGCAGCAUGGGCAAAUCUGAUUUACUUGCCAUUUCCUUGACACGCAGUUCUCAGCCGGUGCGGGCAGGGCAAAGCCCGUGGACAAUUCAAAAACUGGCCACUCGAGAUUUCCCCUCUCGAACACUGACGUCCAUAAUCGCACAUGCUCCUCUUGAGACUGCCCUCAAGCCUUGCCUAUAUGCUGUGCUGUACAAUCGCGAAGGUAUCGCGUCCAAACCCAAACAUAAGCAGACAGCUAUGGGAUCAAUAUCUGCGCUGAAUCUAGUCGACCUCUCAGAUGACCCAGAGUGGGAUUCAUCAACUAUAUAUAUUUCUGCUGCGGAUGCUGGCACCGAUUUUUCACUUGAUGCGGCUGUUUCUCCAAACGGUGUGCUAGCCUGUCUGUCUUAUUCACAGCACAUUGCUGUGCAAUCCCUCCCGAGACGAAAAUCAUCGCAAGACGUCUCGAAUGCCUUAUCUCUACCACUCGCUGUGGCCAUCAAGUCUAAGAAGCCAAUAAAUGACAUUUCUCAUGUAUUGCGCCAUCUUUCUAUGUCUCGCUCGGACACUGCAAACCUCCUCUGCAAAACACUAGGCAUUCUUGUCGCUGGCUCGCAGAGAGGGGUUACCGAGGCUGAGGCGAUGGGAUUGGUCCAAGCUAGUGUUGAGCUGUACGGGCUGAAAUUCCCCAGAAUGCAACUCGAAUUUUGCAAAAACCUUCGAGAGAAAGAGUUGUUCACCAGACUGCGGCGGGUUAUGGUCGAGUUGUGCUCCAUGGCGGCCGUUCGAAGUUCCUUCGAGGGAUGCCAAGAUGAUGGAUCAUACGACCUGGAGGCGGUCUGGCAGCUCACCAAUCUCAGCAGUUGGGUGGUGGAAUUUCUAGAAAACUUGAUGAAAGAAUGCUUGCUUGUGGUUCAAGCUGUGGAACUCAACGAACCCGAGGAUUCUAUGGUAAAGAAAGAGUCAGCCGAUCAUUUGUCUAUAUCGGAAGCUGCAUCCGAAAAACUGACCAAGAUUUCACAUCUGCUCAAUGAACCCAUAUGGCUUCAUCUUGUACACCCCCUCGCACUUUCCAACAUGUGCACGACUCUGGCCCAUGUGAUCGGGUUUUACAACCAUGUCGUAAACCUCACUGCGAAGGCAGAGGAUGCACAGAUCGCUCGCGACGUUCUAGUUGACGCAGUCCAGUGCUCCGGAAUUGACCUCAAAUUGUUACAUUUUUUAUUUUCGGAGUGUCUGACUGAAAUCAACAAACAGCCAGCUGGAGAGGGGACGCAAAUGCUGGCAGAAGGCCGCACGUUGCCCAAGUUGCAUGAUCAGCUCUACCAAAUGAUACAAAAGCUCGCAGCUUCCUCUGUUGCCGACAAGUCACGUUUAUUCAUUAAACCGAGUGACUUAGUAGAUGGACUCACUCAACUAUCGCUUACCAAGGCUCCAGUCCGCGAGCGAGACGUAGUGACAAAUUCCGUCCUAAUCACCGACGAGCCAGCUAUGACAUGUAUCCGCUGUGGGGGUAGGUCACUCGCGAACGGGAAUGGAAUCAUGGGUUCUCAUAGGUCUCUUCGAUGGGGUUCAUGGGAAAAGAAGUGGCAAACGCGUUGCAUAUGUGGGGGCGAAUGGAGUCUCGACGCGAUCGCUAAAGCAAUGUAUAAACAGUAAGAGA